CUCCCUCCCACCUUCCCUUCCUACUGUCUUCUUCCCUCCCUCCUGUCUUCAUUCAUGAGGUCCGCAGAGGCCCAGGGCACACUGUGUUCCAGGCUGCUCAUCUGGUCUACUGGGAGAAAGGGAAAAAUCCGCCCAUGAAGAGGCUUAGGGGGCCGUGGCUACCUCCCUGGGUCCCGCAGCACCUGCUGCUGUCGGGAGGCUGUAAGCACACCUGCUGGGCACAGGCCCCGCCCUCCGGCGUCUGGCCACCCCCUGGGAAGGGUGGGACUGGUUGCCAAGGUGCAAGGGCCUCAGGUGGCAACUUUCGCGGAUCCGGAAGCAGGAAGUAGUUGGUGUUCUCCGGACCAGGGACCUGCCUGGCUGGGGGAGCUCGGAGGCUGGUGGGGACCUGGCGGGGGGAGCGGGAAGGGACAGGGCAGGGGCCGAGGGGUGGCGUGGGAGGGGGGCAGGGGCAGGGCAGGGGCUGGACUGCGGGAGGCCUGGAUGCAGCCCAGCUCCAGAGAACAGGGUUCUGAGGCAGCCCCUGGGGGGCCGGGGCAGGUGGCACCCAGAGGCCUCAAGCUGAGAUGGACUUGGCGGAAGACCUGGAGAAAGAGCUGGAGACCACAGCCCAGGAAGUGCUGGGGAAACUGAGGAGCCAUGAGCUGUUCCAGUCCAACUGGGACACUGCUGCCUUCAUCAUCUUCCUCAUUUUCCUCGGCACCGUGCUGCUCCUGAUGCUGCUCGUUUGUACCCACUGCUGCUGCCACAGCUCCUGCAGUCGCCGCGCCUCCAGACCCCAGAAGGUGAGCCCCGAGCAGGUGAGCCCCGAGCAGGUGAACCCCACUGGCCCCCGGGGCUGGGCCGGUGUCAGGGACAGUCUGGAACUGCCCUGGGGAGAGGAGGGUGUUGGGGCUCCUGUGGGGAGGGGCCGGCAGGGCACCCACGAGUGAAGCCUCUCUUGCAGGAACACCCCAGGGGAGUGGAUAACUUGGCCCUGGAACCUUAACACGGCGAGCCCACCAGCCCCCCCCG